GAAGAAAAAGAGCAGAAUCAACACUUCAAGAUGUCGUCGCUGAAUGACAGAUCAGUUUGGGAUGAGGUGGAGGAUGGCAUCGGCGAAGAAGUCCUUAAGAUGUCCACUGAGGAGAUUGUUCAGAGGACUCGUCUUUUGGACAGUGAGAUUAAGAUCAUGAAGAGUGAGGUUCUGCGUGUCACUCAUGAGCUGCAAGCCAUGAAAGACAAGAUCAAGGAAAACACAGAGAAAAUCAAAGUGAACAAGACUCUGCCCUACCUCGUCUCUAACGUCAUAGAGCUGCUAGAUGUAGAUCCUAAUGACCAAGAGGAGGAUGGAGCCAAUAUUGAUCUGGACUCGCAGAGGAAGGGCAAGUGUGCCGUCAUCAAAACCUCCACACGGCAGACCUAUUUCCUGCCUGUGAUUGGUUUGGUGGAUGCUGAGAAACUGAAACCUGGUGAUCUUGUGGGUGUGAAUAAAGACUCUUACCUGAUUUUGGAGACUCUACCCACUGAGUAUGACUCUAGAGUUAAGGCUAUGGAAGUGGAUGAGAGGCCUACAGAGCAGUACAGUGACAUUGGUGGCCUUGACAAGCAGAUUCAAGAGCUGGUGGAGGCAAUUGUUCUGCCCAUGAACCACAAAGAGAAGUUUGAGAAUCUGGGGAUCCAACCACCAAAGGGAGUUCUGAUGUACGGACCACCAGGCACAGGAAAGACCCUGCUGGCCAGAGCCUGUGCAGCCCAAACAAAGGGUAUGAUUGCUCUGCGCCAUGGGGCCACUGAACUUAACCAUGAGGACUACAUGGAGGGCAUUCUGGAGGUGCAGGCGAAGAAGAAAGCCAAUCUGCAGUACUAUGCUUAA